AUGCAGAUUUUCAGCCCAAAUGUGGACAGUAUACUCCUUACAGUCCUUCUGGUGGUUCUUCCCAAUAUAGCGCCGUACGUUGUGCACGCAGUACGUCAGUAUCGAUCGCAGCAGGAGGGCGAUUCUCCGCCUCGGACCCAGCUUCAAUCUCCACUUCUUCCAUUUCUCGGUUGGAUCCUGAUGCUCCAUUCUCUACAUAUUAUUUACCAAAUACUUUUUUGCUAUCCCACUAAUCUCUUCAAUGAGUUAAAUCUUGCUGUUGUCACCUCUUCCUCCCUCCUCCGCCAAGCUCUUUUAAAAGGAAGGCCAGCGGAUUCCGAGCUUCCCAAUAGCGUUGAGGCGCUCCUUUCUCGACUCCAAUCGUUAGACGCGCGCUCUCUUUACGUUCGCUUCGGCCAUGAUACGGUGGAACAUUGCGACUAUUGUCAUACAUUUGCGGACUUUGCGCUGUUCGCGUUCCCGUCUGCCGCAAUGACUUAUGUACAAACUAUUGCCCUCGUAGGGCUCAUGACAGUGAAAGGAAGUGGAAAACGCCGGUGGAGGUCAUGGGGAGUUGGGAUCCUAGUUACGGCAGCGGUGGUCGAAGCAUGGAUCCUCACAACCGUGGACAUUCAAUUCACCUCCGACAAUGGGAAAACUGUUAUGUGGCAUGACGGGGCUUGGCUACUUCGACACAGCCUUUUCCUUCUCCUUCCUAUAGGAAUACAGGUCCUUCCGUACGAGUAUGAUUCUUUGGUUCUGCUUGCUUCUUUGCCUGCCUCCGUCCAAUCCUUCGAAAGGACACUCAACUCUCUUCAAGCAUUGGAGCAUCUCCAAGCCGCGUCUUUGCGGAACGAAGGAACUCGUCCAAUUGUUGACAGAUAUUGGGAGGAGCAGGCGCGUCUAGCUCGAGCGGUGAGGGGAAAUGAAGAGGUGAAAGAAGAGGCCACUCGUGUAGGAAUCGGUUUUGGGGAGGAUGAGAUUGGCACCAGCCCUGUCGUGACAUUUGCGCGCGAUACUGUACAGCGAUGGAAGGCACUCAUGGCGCCGUUAUUAACAGACGAACAAAUGGGGAAAGGGAUGCCAUCCGAAGGUUCUAAUUAG